AUGUUUAAAUACAAUGAUAUAUACUCCAUCAUCAUUCUACUUUUCUCCAUAUCAUCAUACGCAUAUGCAUUACUAGAUCCACCAACAAUAGCAACAAAUGAAAGAGGUCUAGUAUGUAGUCCAGUUCAAUUAAAUCCAAAAAAUCCAUUAAAAUCAUACAUAAAACUAAGAACCUCAAGUUUAAGAGAACCUGAAAUUAAGGAUAAGUUAAAAAUUGAAGCUUUGAUUUUUCAUUAUCCUGAUAUUGUUAAUUUUACUUCAAUCCCAACUUUGGAAGAAUAUACUACGCUAUAUCCAAAAGAUAAAGAAUCAUUAUAUAAAAAAAUGUUAACUGAUGAUGAUAAAUUUGAUUUAACUGCUGAAUCAGGAUUUGAAGUUGAUAAAUCGAAAAUUUAUGAAGGUGAUUUAACUACAACUACAGAAGAUAUUAUUUAUCAAAUUCCACAAUCAGGAAUUUAUUGUGUUUAUAUUGCUCCAAUAUUUAAAAAUAAACAAGAUGAAAAAUUAUCUUUGAAUUUCAAAGUUCCUAUUGUGUUUAAGAAUUAUUAUGGUAAUUUAGCUUAUCCAAUUUAUUUAGUAUAUUCACAAUUGAAAUAUACUAUUGUUGUAUCAAUAAUUAUGUUUAUCGUUUUGUUUAAUUAUAUUUUGAGAUUUAAAAUUGGGGAAAAUUUCAAGAAUUUGAAUUCAAUUUCAGUUAUUUCUAAAGGUGUCUUGUUUUUAAUUUUGGCACCUUUUAUUGUCAUAUGUAUUUACAAUGGGUUCGUGUUUUGGUUAAUCAAUUCAUUUUUAGAAACUGAUGAAAAAUCAUUUAUUAUUACGGUGUUAUUGUUCAUCAGUGAGACGGCAGAAUUUAUUUACUCAAAUUUCAGAAGUUAUAUCGUUUUACUAUUUUCCAUGGGAUUUGGUGUAAUAUAUUAUUACAAUGGUAAUUCACAAAAUUAUAGACUUUUCCCACAAGAUAGUUUUAGAAAAAUCACUGCUUUAUUAUUUUUUAAUAUAGGGUUAGUAAUUUUUACUAACUUGUUAAAUUAUUUGUUUCCAACAACAAAGAAUGAAAUUUUUGGAAUGUUCGCUAACGUAGGAUCGAGCUCAACCACAUUACCAUUCAAUGGAAAAGACAAAAAAACAAAUUUCAUGUUAUUAUUAAAUACAUUAGUGUCAUUAUUUCAAUUGUGUUGGUUUAUUUUAUCAAUCGUUUUCUAUUUUAAAACCAAAAAAACAAUUGCUACUUUUCCUUCAUCAUCAGAUUUUGAUUCUAAUGCAAAAGUAACUUCAGCAUUCAAUAAAUCAUUCUUUGUGAUUAUGAUUUUACCAAUAAUAACAGCUAUAGUUGGAGCUUCAAUUUCAGGAUAUUUUGCUGUACAAAAUUUCGAUAAAUUUCCAGAUUUUCCUCAGAAUACUAAUAGAGAACCAGUGUAUCAAAGUGCUAUUACUGUAAUGAUUUUAGAAAAUGCAUUGGGUAAAUUUAUAAUGCCUUUGGUAUAUUCAGGCUUAUUUUACUUCUUUUGUUUAAUUUUAUCAAUUUUCUUCAUUUGGAUUAAAGAUAAUAAUGGAUUGAUAUAUUGUGAAGAUGAUCCUGUUGCUUACGCUGAUGUAUCUAAUUUCAAUAUCUCAGAUGAUGAAGAUUAUCGUGAUAGUCCUAAUACUGAUGAAAAUGAGACUCAAGAUGAAGAAGAACAUGGUAGAGUUUAG